CCAACCCUUUGAUUUUGACCCAAAAGUUGAAGAAAUUAAAACGGUGGUUUCAUCACCACUGGUAUGCGUUAAUCUAUACCAAAGGUUUGGUGGUGCUAUAAAUAAUUAUGUCUCUCGUAACUUUGUUUUUCAUCUCAUAAUUCUCUUGUUAAUUGCUUAUAUAUACCUUCAAAGUUUAUUGCAUUUGUUAUAACUACUUGUGUUCAUUGGUUCAUUAUAUAUUUAAGACAAAUGGAGCUUGGUUUUAAGUAUCAAAUUAGUCUUGUUUGUGUUAUACUGUUAUUUUCAGUACUAUGUAACUGCGAAGAAUAUUAUGCCAAAUCAAGAGCAUCCUAUUAUGCCACCUCUGACGGCUAUGGAAAUUCAAGGGGAGCUUGUGGUUUCGGAGACUAUGGAAAGAUAGUGAAUGAUGGUAGUGUCGCAGCUGUUUCUGCCAAGUUGUGGAAAAAUGGUGGAGGAUGUGGUGCAUGUUAUCAAGUGAGGUGCAAAAUACCACAAUACUGUGAUGAUAAUGGAGCAUAUGUGGUGGUAACUGACUAUGGUGAGGGAGAUAGGACUGAUUUCAUAUUGAGUCCACGUGCCUUCUCAAGAUUGGGGCGCAAUGCAGUUACAUCUGAAAAAUUAAAGAAAUAUGGAGUGUUGGAUGUUGAAUACAAAAGGGUUCCUUGUACAUUUAAAGGCAACAAUAUUGUAUACCAAAUCAAUGAAAAUAGUAGAAACCCUGGCUAUUUCUCUAUCAAUAUUCUUUAUGUUGGAGGAACAUACGAUGUCACGGCUGUUGAAAUGUGGCAGAAACAACAACACCGAUGGGAAGCCAUGCGUAGAUCUUAUGGCGCUGUUUUUGACUUUGCUAAUCCACCUGAAGGUGAAAUCCGAUUGAAAUUUCUAGUGAGUAGCAAUGUUGGGUCCAAUUGGGUGGUGUCACCGUUCACAAUAUCCGCGGGUUGGAAGGCCGGUUCUACUUAUUCCACCAAGAUUCACCCUUAUUAAUUAUCUGUUGUACAUAAAAACAAUUUAAAAAGUCCCAUAAAUUGUUUGUUUGUUGUUGCUGUUUUCCAAAGUAGGGACUAAAAUAAUGGAUUUGUGUAACUUGUUAACUCCAUGUCAUACUAAAUAAUAUUGGAGUAUCUAUAUCAAUAAAAUAAAAUAAAUGU